AUGGUGGGCAGCGUGUGGGUCGCUCUGGGACUCUCCCUGACCUGCACCUCGGCCCUCAGCCUCCUCUCCCCUGCCUGGUUCCAGACGCCCACCUUCUCCUUUGGCGUCCUCUCCUACUGCUCCUGGCCUUGGGGUGACCACUGGAAUCAGAGCUGUGGGGUCUUCAGGUCCCUGGAUGACAUUCCGGACUUGGCUUGGAAGGUCUCAGCUGCGCUUCUCCUUGGAGGCUGGCUCCUGGUGGCCGUCCAUGCAAUUCUCCUCUUGUCCUGGGUGCUGGCCCCCAAAGAGCUGUGGCCAAGGAGGGGCAGUGGCAAAAUGCAGGGGGUGCAGGCCGCUGCAGCCACCACCACCGUUAUGGGCCUGCUGGCUUUCCCUAUUGGCCUGGCCUCCCCAUUUGCCAAGGAGGCCUGCGGAACCUCCUCUGUGUACCGCAGUGGACAGUGCCAGCUGGGCUGGGGCUACGUGACCGCCAUCCUCAAUGCAGUCCUGGUCAGCAUCCUGCCUGUCAUCAGGUGGCCCCGCACGACCAAAGUACAGGGGAGGACCGUCCGCUUCUCCAGCGACACUGAGAAAAUCAUCCUUAUGCCAGAAGUGAGCAAAUAA